AUGGCGAUUGAGCAAAUUUUCGAGGCACUACCAGUUCACUACUUACAGCAUGUUAUAUCAAAAUUCGGUGCUGGAAACGUCACCCUGGCGGUUUUUGCGAUAGCCACACUCGGUAUUCUCACAGACUAUGCCUGGAUGCUGUACAUGAGAUCGAAGAUGCCCCCUGGGCCCUUCCCAUACCCUAUCGUUGGGAACACAUUCCAACUACCCGACAACAAACCAUGGAUAUAUUUUGAAGAGCUGUCCAAGAAAUUGAAUACACCUCUUAUCACGUAUUGGAUAGGGCGAAAUCCAACUGUAUGGAUUAAUGACGCAUGGACAGCGAAUGAGCUUCUUGAGAAGAGAGCAGGCAUAUACUGCUCGCGACCACGCAUGUUGGUCUUUGCAGAGCUGGGCUCUGGCCAGAAUAACCUCGUCAAUCUAAUCACUACAACCCCGGCUCAACGUGAACGGUUUCGGAUGCUGCGUAAGCUGACACAUCAGGGCGUUGGCAUUCAGCAGGUAAAGAAAUAUCGUAGCUUUCAAGAUGACGAAAGCAGAGUCGUUGCUCUUGACUUGCUCCGCACCCCCGAGAAAUACGUGGCGCACUUUGAGCGAUACGCAACGAGUGUGGUGUCAAUCAUUGGCUUUGGGAGGCGAGUUUCCAGUCCAGAGGAUCCCAUCAUCACGGAAGUAAUCGCAUUAAUGCAUCGCGCCGCCGAUCUCAACGUGCCUGGCAAGACUUUUCCAAUGUUGAUGGAGACAUUCCCUGCAUUAGCUCGUGUGCCGACGGAGUAUGCACCCUGGAAACACGGAAUGGGGUCAAAAAAAAAGUCCCAUCGUGGUCAUGACUUCUUUUAUUCGUUGGCAAGCGAAGCCAAUGAGAAGCCAGGUCAUGAUGACUGCUACGUAAAGAUGCUAUUUAGGGAGCAAGAAAAGUACGGGCUAAGGAAAGAAGAGAUAUCUUCCUUGGCUGGCAACUUGUUUGGUGCAGGUUCGGAUACUUCGAGUAGCACUCUCAUUACAGCGGUACUUGCGAUGCGCGCUUUCCCGGAAACUCUUGAAGCAGCCAGGCAAGAGUUGAAUAGUGUGGUAGGACCAGACCGAAGCCCGUCGUUUGAGGAUGAAGCAAAUCUACCAUAUGUACGCGCUUUUGUCAAAGAAGUGUUCCGUUGGCGUUCUGUAGCCAUUAUUGGUGGGCAACCUCAUGCACCAGUGCAAGAUGACUACUACAAGGGUUAUUUGAUUCCAAAGUCGACUUGGGUGCAGGGCAAUGUAUGGGCAAUACAUCAUAAUGAACGCGAGUUUCCGGACCCGGAUCGGUUUAACCCGAAUCGGUUUCUGAAAGGCCAUCCAGACUCACGGCCUUUCCCUGGCGAACGUGGAUACAUGACUUUCGGCUGGGGACGACGGGUGUGCUCAGGACAGGCGCUUGCCGAACAGGGAACAUGGCUGACAGUUGCGCGACUGAUCUGGGGCUUCAAGAUCGAACCAGCGCUAGACGAAAGUGGAAUACCUGUUCCCGUCGACAUAUUCGACUAUACCAACGGCCUGAACAUGCGUCCAAAUAUCUUCAAAGUAAGCAUCAAACCACGAAGCGAUAGGAUCAGAGAAACCAUUGAAAGGGAAGGAGAACAAGCGCUUGCAGAUCUUAGGCCAUAUGAGGGAGAGACCAAGUACCGUAUGAGUACGUUCUAUCGGAAAUGA